UAUCUCCUAAUCAUAAUAUAAUGUUCACAAAAAGUAACAGCUCGAUCUCCUCCAUCCAUCCUUUUCAACAUAACAGAUAGACGAAAUGAUCUAAGAUGGCAAUAAACAAAAUGGUUUCCUCAAAUCAAAUGUAUGUGUAUAAACAUGUAUUAAUAAGCAAUGAACACUCUAUAUUGUUAUAUAGAAUUCUGAGAAAAUUUGAGAAUUUCUGUAAAAGUAAGAUAAGAUAAUAUUAACCUCACAGUACAAGCACUAGAUGCGUAUGAAUACAUUCUUACAGCAUGCCUCUCGCUGAAAUGUAGUGAAAUGUGAUCUCUUACUACUGUCAGUAAUGGCAUAAAUGGAAUACAUCAUUAACAAUCAGAAAUUAAAAACAUGGACGCACAGAAAUUCCUAGCAACUACCGUUUUCAUUAUUUUUUAUAGCAUCUUAAUUGCAAAGGGAGAAAAACUGAUUGUAUCGACAUUAAUUCAAGAUCCCUACCUUUUCAACAAAGCAAAGUCAGGAAAUGCACCAGUGUAUGAAGGGUACAUCAAAGAUUUAUUAGAAAGACUGUCAAAAGAUGUAGGAUUCACGUACGACUUCAUAUUCCCCGAUGAUGGGGAGUAUGGAAGACAAAAUCCUAAUGGUACUUGGACUGGAAUGAUUGAUGAUAUAGUGUCGGAGAGAGCGCACAUGAUAGCAGGAUCAUUAACCGUAACGUCUAAGCGUGCAGAUGUUGUGGAAUUUUCAUAUCCAUUCCAAAUAACAAACGUGGUUAUGGUUCUUAGGAGACCAGACCAAGCAAGAUUACCGGUGAUUGACCGUAUAAAACGCAUUUGGUCACCAUUUGAAUCCAGUGUGUGGCUACUGACGAUUGCCGCGUUCUUUGUCACCAGUUCUGCGAUCUACGUUAUUUCUUAUUUUAAUCCUUAUGAUUGGCGUAGAUUGGCAAGGGAUGGAGAAGCGACCAUUAGAGAAAGGGAAUCAUUCACUUGCAUGAAUUCUUUCUGGUUUGCCCUAAGUGCAUUAACACUUCAAGGCUACAUCAGAAGUCCACGGUCACUAGGGGCCAGGGUAGUGGUAACUGCUUGGUGGAUGUUUGUCAUAGUUUUUGUAUCGUGUUACAUAAGUAAAUUAACUGGUCUUCUGCAAAUACCUCCUAAUGAAGAGGAAAUUGAAGGAUAUCUGAAAUUUCAAGGUCUUCGAGAUGUUAUUAAUCGAAACAUAAAGUUUAUGGUCAUUAGAGGUGGUGCUGUAGACGAUCUGUUAAGGUAUAACACGCAACAAGAAUACAUACAACGGCUCGGUGCCGAACUUAAAUCAGGUGGAAGCGGCGAAUAUGUUGCCAAUCUCGAGGAAGGAAUAAAAAAGCUUGAGAAUUAUCCUUCCGGUAAAAAAGCAUAUAUAACCGAAUCAUUAAUGGUGAAAUAUCAAACUCAGAGAUACGGUUGUCAGUUUUAUUUUGUAAACGAGAAAACAGUUAAAAGACAAUAUAGUUUAGGAUUUCCAAUCAACUCCACUUAUACUAACCUUAUGGGACGAUAUAUUCUACAAUACCACGAAGAAGGGUACUUGGAUUACUUAGAGAAGAAAUGGUUUACAGGUUCAUGUAACCAGUAUGUAUUUGAAGGAACUGAUGAAAAAUAUAAAAUUCAAGAAUUUUAUCCUUUAGAUACUGCCUCGUUUUCAGGAGUACUUAUAGUAGUAGCUGCUGGAAUCUUGAUUGGUGUUUUAGUCACUAUAGUUGAAUGCAUCAUAUUUAAAUGGGCAGAAUCGGGUGAUCCCAUGCACCGAGAGCAUGAACCACAAAAAGAAUCAAACCCAGAUGGCAUGCAGACAACUUCAUCCUUACUGGGACAGCAAAAUGAUCGAACUGAUACACAAGUAUGAGAAGUCAAGAAGUAAAUUACAAAUUUUAAAUAUGUGACAAUCUAAUAAACUUAAGAAAUAUCAUAAUAAGAAUGUCUUACAACAGCCGUCAUGUAACAUUUUGAGAAAGAUACACCAAUUCAUCAUAACUUACGUUUUUGUGCCUUAUUCAUGAACAAUAUUACAACUUACCAUUUCACGUUGUAUUGGUCAUCUCAAAAUAAUCCAUGAUGCCUGGCAUUCAUACAAUUUGAUCAUAACCUUAUUUUUAUAUGCGUGUAUUUUUACAGCGUGUGCUACCUCUUUUUGUGUAUCUUAUUUAUUUAUCUUUUUAUUGAACAGUUUAAUGUUUAAUUUGUAUAGACAUUUUUGUUUUUGUUUGGAUUCGUGUUUUUCUCUCUCACCUUGAAACGGAUUUAAUUUAAUGGGUAUUUGUAUGUAUAUUAGACCUCUGCUAUGGACAUUCCAUUAUAUAUUGUAUAGAACUAUUUCCCCAAUAAUUACAUGUAUAUGGACCCUGAUACGUAGUUUGUUAAAUAUAGUGCAAUAUGUUCAAGUCUUCGUGAGUAAACACAUGUUUCUAAUCCAGAUAUAACUCAUAGUAUAUGUAGUAUUUAUACAUUUGUAGAUAGUUAUUUAUAUAUGUAUGCUAGUUUGCAGCGCGGUUUCCUAUUUAUCUACAUGCGUGGAGAUUAAGAAUCUCAGAAAAAAAACGUAUAUUUUGUGUUGCAACAGAAAUAUUACUUUUUAAGAAAACUUACUUGUGAAAAUUUUUACAUUUAGUACUAAAGUGUUUUUGUGUGGAAGUUUGUUAAAUAAAAUCCCUGAAAAUAUA